GGAACGGCUGCCGCCGCCGCCCCCAACCUCUGCCCUCCGCCUCUUCCCGGGCCCUUCCUGCCGGGGUCUCCUCCCCCUCUCACCCGGGUCCUGCUGCGGCUCCGGAGCCUCCGUAGGCAGGCGCUUUAGUGCCUCGUGCCUCCGGUGUGUGGAGCCGCUUGCUUCUGGACUUUUCCCCCGGGCAUCGGAUUACUCUUGCAGCUGCAUCAGAAAUCUGAGCGGGAUGACUUGGUUAUUUUAUUUACCAAAGCUGAUUGAAGCAGAUACAUGUGAAGUCAUUGGGAGGUGAACCAUCUCCAAUUCAACAGUUUUACAUGUGGCACCCAUAAAAGAUGAGGCUGAGAACUCGGAAAGCUUCUCAGCAAUCAAAUCAAAUUCAUACACAACGUACAGUCAAGGCAAAGAGGAAACAUUCAGAAAUUGAAGAUAGUUUACCUGCAGGAGUAGAAAAAACACAGAAGAAUGAAACUGGCUUAUUAUCAUCAAUUAAAAAAUUCAUUAAAGGAAGCACACCCAAGGAAGAGAGAGAAAAUCCUUCAAAAAGGAGUAGAAUAGAACGUGAUAUAGAUAACAACUUGAUCACAUCAACACCUCGGGCAGGAGAAAAACCCAAUAAACAGAUAUCUCGAGUAAGACGGAAAAGUCAAGUAAAUGGAGAAGCUGGUAAUUAUGAAAUGACAAAUCAACACGUUAAACAAAAUGGAAAACUAGAAGAUAAUCCUGCCCCUGGGAGUCCUCCAAGGACUACAUUGUUGGGGACCAUUUUUUCUCCUGUCUUCAACUUUUUCUCACCAGCAAAUAAAAAUGGAACAUCAGGAUCAGAUUCCCCCGGACAAGCUGUGGAAGCUGAAGAAAUAGUAAAACAACUUGAUAUGGAACAGGUGGAUGAAAUCACUACCAGUACAACAACAUCAACAAAUGGAACAGCUUAUUCAAAUCAAGCAGUCCAAGUCAGACCUACAAUAAAUAAUGGUUUAGAAGAAGUGGAAGAAGCAACUAAUCGUGAUAUACCACCUCUUACAGCACCUGUGUCUCCAGAUAGUGGUUAUUCCUCAGCCCAUGCAGAAGCAACCUAUGAAGAAGAUUGGGAAGUAUUUGACCCCUAUUAUUUUAUCAAGCAUGUUCCCCCAUUAACAGAAGAACAACUAAAUAGGAAGCCAGCUCUUCCUUUGAAAACAAGAAGUACACCAGAAUUUUCCCUAGUCUUAGACUUGGAUGAAACACUAGUGCACUGUAGUCUAAAUGAACUAGAAGAUGCUGCACUCACUUUUCCAGUCCUUUUCCAAGAUGUUAUUUAUCAGGUUUAUGUGCGAUUAAGACCGUUCUUCAGGGAAUUCCUGGAACGUAUGUCUCAAAUUUAUGAGAUCAUUCUUUUUACUGCUUCUAAGAAGGUGUAUGCAGACAAGUUACUGAACAUACUAGACCCUAAAAAGCAGCUGGUCAGGCACCGACUUUUCCGUGAACAUUGUGUAUGUGUACAAGGAAACUACAUAAAAGACUUAAACAUCCUUGGAAGAGAUCUUUCAAAAACUAUCAUAAUUGACAAUUCACCACAAGCCUUUGCCUACCAGCUUUCUAAUGGAAUCCCUAUAGAGAGCUGGUUCAUGGAUAAAAAUGACAAUGAACUCUUAAAAUUGAUUCCUUUUCUGGAAAAACUUGUAGAACUGAAUGAGGAUGUUCGACCUCACAUCAGAGACAGAUUUCGCUUGCAUGACUUGCUACCCCCAGAUUAAACAAGAAGAUUUUUUUCAAAUCACUGAAGGGGGAGAAAAUGCAGGACCCUUAUGGACUAAAACAAAAACAUUGCCAUUACUGUUGAAAUUUUGCAUUUUUGUACCCCGUCUUGCUUUUCUUAUCUUUGGUGCCCAACAAUAAUCAAGGGUUACAGAAAGAGACUUUAUAUAUAUAUACAUAUAUAUACAUAUAUAUCUAUAUAUAUAUCUAUCUCAGAUUGAAUACAUACAGUAGGUAGGCUAGAACAGAAAAGUCUUUAGAACUAGUGCAACUCCAGUGAAAUUUUUUUUAUGUCCAGGACAUCUGCAGUUUAUAAAGAAUUCUGUUUCUGCCACCAGCAGUUUGACCUGUAGAAACACAGGAUUUUAUGAUAAUAACAGAGAUGAAAAUGGACUUUUAUUUUCUCUCUGUUUGGUGCUCUAAGUGGGUUUGUAGCCACUUUUCUGUUACUUUAAGAUUCUCAUUUCAACAGGAAUGGCCAGUAAAAGUUGUUUUAUUUUUCCUGUUAAGGUUUAUAACCUUUUUACAUUUUUGACCUGUAUUAGAAUAGAAUUUCAUUAUGCAUUCCUUUUAGUUGAGGCGCUUCAUAGUUUUCUGGAAAUAGCCAAAUUUUAGUUUUUUAUUAUACAAUUGAAUGGCCGUUUUCCUGCUUUGUCUGCCUGCAUACUGUAUAUUUGUUUAAAAAUAUUCUCUAGUUUUAGUCCAUGUAAGUUUCAUUUAGAAAUACCUGCAUUUAUAUUUUGUUUCUGUAAUAUUCUACUGUAGUUGAAAUCUUUUCAAAAAUCAAGAGACUGGUAGAUAAGAAUAUAUGAAUGACUAAUAUUCAAAAGAUUUAAACCAUUGUGAUGGCAUGUAUUCCAGAUGAAAAUACCUUGCAGUGGCACAUAAUGUGACUUAGGAUAAGUCAUACCUCAAACUAUGCUGUGCACACAAAUCUUUGAGGAGAAUAUGUUUGGUCAACUAUUGGGCUUGAUGCAAUUUGGUUACUGCUGCCUUUGGUUUUCUCCAGGAAUGAAGUAUUCUGCACAGUUGCUCAGUAUUUUCAGUUGUUUUGCAUGGACUGGUAGUACCUCUGUUAUACUAUUGGUAACAAUCAGUUCAAACCCUGUGUAACAGUCUCGGUACCUCACAGGAGCUCUGCACACUCCUUUGGUGCAGAGCCACCCCCAUGCUGCCAGUGCUGUGCAUAUGCUAUCAUAGUGGUUUUCUAUGUUAUAUGGAAAGAGUCUUCAGGCCUUGGUUCUCUAAUGCAGCUACCAUAAGAGGUUGAUAUUUUUAUAAUGGUGUGUAAUCUCCUUUUCAGGAGGCUUUUUAUGGAAGGUAGAAUUUGUAAAAGUUAGUAUGCUUGGCCUCUCGACUGCAUUAACAUGCCAUGGGCUCAGACUGUUUUUGUGUAAAGGAUGUCAAAGAACGGCACUUUUUCUAAAGAGAAGUUUGAUAUUUUGUAUGCUUGUUAAGAAAGUACAGUAUUGGAAAUUAAAGGUGGACAACUGAUAAUUGAGAAGUAUGUCAAUUAAUUUUUUAUGUAUAUUACCUGUUUACUUGUACAACUUUAUUGUACAAAUUACAUGCAGCUUCAUUUUCAAAUGAGUCCUUAAAAUAAGGAAAUCUUUUUAGGAAAACAUUUAAUUUUUGUAUUUUUUGAUUUUAAAGGCAUGAGUUAUGUCAAUUUUCAGUGUAUUAAUGAAGAUUUUAACUUUUCAUCAGGUUGAGUGUUUUCUUACUAUAUUAUCUGUUGUGUAUGUAGUUAGCACAUUGUGUCACUGAACUGUUUAAAAAUUUAGCAUGUAGAAAAAGCCUGUUUUGUGGAAAAUCUUUAUUCAUUAAAAAAAAUCAUGGCAGAUUUUCUGCAAAAAAAGCAAAAGCAUUUGCAAUUCAGAAUACUGAUUUUUUUUGUAUUUAAAGAAAGGUAUUUUGCUUGCAGGAAAAGAUACUACAGAUUCAUUUUAAUGAGAAUCUUUGAAAUGUAUUUAUCUUAGGGCAUCUGGGCAUCUUUACGCUGUUUGUCUUCUGUCUUUAUUGAAAUAAAAUGUACAUAACAUUACCUUUAUAUAUGCUCUUGCAAGAUUGUGAACCUGGUGAUAUUAUUCCCUGUUCUUUUUAUUUUUAAGCAGCACAAUCAAAGAAAGCCCUGUUGGAAAAAAAAAAAAAAAACUUCAAACUGACUAGCAUACAUUGAUGUCGUUGCUGAAACGUUUGUAAUUUUUAAAUGAAGGAUUUCUGUAAGGGCUUUCCAAUAACAAAAGGGAAAAAAAUAACUUAAACCUUGUGAACAUUGAGCACUUAAAAUAGGAAUUUUUAACCACCCUCUAUUCAUGGUAAAACUAUAUGUUGUCUAGUAAUACAGUAGGAAAUACUUUAAAAAUUAUUAACCAAUAAAUCAAGCACAGUGAGUUACCAUGAAUAAAUGACUCAAGGGAAAUUUUAAGGGCCUUUGAAAAAUUCUAUGGCCUGUUUAAUAUAAUUUCCCUUUGUUUUUGCUUUGUAGCAUUUUCAAAAAGCAAUAACUAGUUGAUUUUUAACAAAGCCAAAGGAGAUGUUUUAUAGAUUUAAAUUUGUCUUACACUAGCAGAAUAUCUGAGAUUUUAUAUCCUGAGCUACUGUAAAUUCAGGAAAAGAUAUUUCAUUAAUGCCUAGCAAUGUAAUGUUCUAAAAUAUGUAUUAACACAUUUUUUCAUGUACUUAAAGACUUUCGGUACAUUCUUUUUAAAUUUUGUAAUUUUAUUAGAAAAUGUUUUUUCUCCAAAGUUGCAUUUUUAAUUUUUGUGCAUGUAAUUUGCAUAAACCUAGAAGAUAUUUUAAGUGAUGACAAAUCUCAACUACCAGAUAUUUUAUUAUCUGGAAUAUGUUUUAUUUAGUGAAAUGGUAAAUCUUUUCCUAAAUUUGAGAAUUUAUCAUAUAGUGCCAACUUUCACAGGAAGAUUAAUUUGUUAUUGACAGAUUACAUAUGUAUUCCUUUUAUGUUCCUUCUAUUUCUGAUUUGAUAAUUGUUUUAUUCUUCAAAACUUAUAUCAGUUCCUAUAGAGUGCUGAAAACCAUUAUGUUUAAAAUCUAGAGAUUUUUUUCAAAUAAGACUUUUUUGUACACAUGUAUCUAUCAAGUUCAAUGAUUUUUAUAUUCAAGCUAUUCAGCAAAUACCAAUCUGUGACCUAAGAUUUGUUGGAAUAAUGAAACACUUUCCAGUAAGCAGAGAAUUCCUAAUAAGAACCAUAUCUCAUCUAAGUAGAUUCAAAGAGAAUAUAAAGAACAAUAGGAGGAACCUUCUGGAUCUCUGGUGUUUUGUGGAGAACUACAUGUGGAACUUCAUGGGCUUUCCAUCACUUAUCCUUUGCUCUUGGUACUCAGUUACUUCACCUUCCAUUUUGAUAAUAAAUCUGUCUGAAGACAUUCUUCACACUGCUCUUCCUGCGCAGUUCUUCAGUGGUAAUAAAUUGCAACCUACUACUACACCA